GGGUGACGUUUGCGUCGCGCUGGUGACGUCACGCAGCAAUGGCGGCGCCGCGGGUGUCGCUGGGGGCGCUGAAGGAGCCGCUGGGGCUGAGCCGCGGCCUGCAGUGGUUUUUCUCCAUCUUCGCCUUCGCCACCUGCGGCGGCUUCGAGGGCUCCGUCAGCUUCAGCCUCACCUGCCCGGGGCUGGAGAACGAAACCGUCACCGCCAAAUUCGGGUAUCCCUUCAGGCUGAACCAGGCGACCUUCCACCCCUCCCUGACUCACCUGUGCAACCACACCUGGCCCAGGGACGUUCACCUGGUCGGGGACUUCUCGGGGGCCGCCAGGUGCUUCGUGGGCGUGGCCGUGACCUCCUUCCUCUACAGCCUGGGGGCGCUGGGGGGUUACCUGUGCUACCUGCACCUGUACAGGUGUGCGGGGUCCCGCCUGCCGCUGAUGGACCUGCUGGCCUCGGGCCUGGUGGCCGCCCUGUGGCUCGUGGCCUCCUCGGCGUGGGCUCAGGGCCUCGGACACGUCCGGGCGGCGGCGGCCGCGCCCCUCCCCCACUGCCCCUCCCCCACCGUGCGCUGCCACCCGGCGGGGGUCACCCCCAUGGGGAGUCUGGGGGCGUCGGUGGCCUUCGGGUUCCUCAACCUCCUCCUCUGGGCCGGCGGCUGUUGGUUCGUCUACAAGGAGACGCCGCUGCACCGCCCGGCCCCGCCCCCCGCGCCCGGCCCCGCCCCCAUGUGACCCCCCGAAUUUGGGGGUGGGGGAGGGGCGGGGGUGGGGGAGGGAUG